UCCAGUCCAACGCUGUCCGAGUGCUCUAGGUGUUGUAUUUGAGGUACAGUAUUUGACCUGGGACCUUGGACAACACAGCCUGGUAGUACUGCCUCUUCGAAACCCAAUCGCUUUGAGCUUUAACCAUCUGAUUGUCAAUAAAUCUGGGCGCUGCACAGCCGCAAGUCGUUAUCCUGGACAUCUAUAAAGAGCAGGAGUAAGAGCAACAGCUCUUCCUCGUCCUCCUCGUCCUCGUCCGACUCUGACUCCGACCACGAGAAAAAGUGGUUCAAGAAAGAUCGCAAGCAUAAACACAAGCACGAUCACACCCAAACGACGCACGCCGCCAGCUCCCACCUCAACCCCUCCUUCCCCGAAAUGCGCAUCCCUUCUCCAUCGCACCACAGCCCCAACACCCAAGACACCUUCCAAAUCCCCAGCAUGCCCGAACCGACGCACAUCCUCCCUCCCUCAGAUAACAUGAGCUCUCCCCCAGCCUACACCCCCACCUCCACCAGCACCCCUCCAAGCGGAUACCGCAUCCCGCUCUCCACGGGCACCGUCACAUUAUCCCACCACCCACAAGCCAAAGACAACGAUCAUUCCCAGCCGCAACACUUCCCCUACUCCCAAGCCGCCUACCCGCCCUUCUUCGACCUCGACGGCACCUCCCCCAUCUACCUCGGUUCCGCCAUCUUCACCUCCCCGCCCUCCGUACAUCCAUGCAAGAUCGCCCCAUCCCUCUCACCGACCGAGUGUCGCGUCGCGUAUGGCGGGAGAGAAUACGAGCACCAGGGACGGUACGAUUUGUUGCCGUUUGUGCCGGAGAUGAUGGAGUGGGUGAGGACGGAGGGAGGGAGGGUGCCGAAGGGACGGAGGCCGGUGGAGGGGGGGUAUGAGGAGCAUGGGGGCGUUGGGAGGAAGUUGUAUCAUGCGGUUGCGAGGGUUGGGGGGGUUAUGGUUCCGGGGAAGACGGGGGAGCAUUUGGGAGGGUGCAAUGUCGCGUUUAAUGGAGGAGAACAUGUUAUUAGGGAGGGAUACGAUAUCUUAUGCUGGAAGCACUGAAUUUUCUACUCAAGCAGGUGAUGGGCGAGCCCAAGAAGGGCCUGAUAUUGUAACACUACGUACCAGUCUACUCGCGACUAAAUGUCCUCGAUCGUUGUAUAUGUGUGUACUAUUACGGACGAAUCUAUAUAUAUGUCCAUCUCGAU